UGAUCCGCCGACCGCAGUCCGCAUUGGAGACGAAUAUAUGCCUGCACCAAAAUUACAGCACUCGCGUGCUUUGGUUGGGAAAGUCGAGACCUUAGCCACAUCCGCAUUCCGACCACGAUUACGAUGUCCGCAAUGCCUCCUACCCAUCUCCAACCGCACAUUCCAUAAUGACCGACGGAAAGAGUAUCAUGAUAGUACGCGACGGAGUAACGCUGGUGUUGCAGCAGCGGUGUCGGCAGCGAAGCAGAUGUUCAAUGGCCCGCCACCUUCAGGACCCAUGGGCAUUGAUCCGUUGAGGAGUGUAGCGAAAGAGAUGAAGUUCAUGACGGGCAACAUACAACAAUUAUUGGGAUCCGGACAUCCCAUGCUGGACACUGUUGCGAAGUACUACACACAAUGCGAAGGGAAAUAUGUCCGGCCAAUGCUAGUGUUACUCAUAUCGCAAGCAACGGCCCUCCUCCCACGAGCACCACGACCUGCCUCUCCCGAUGCCACAAAUACACCCUUCGCUUCGGCAUCCGUCCUCAACGACGCGAAUCCUUCAUCACCACUGGUGACAGCAGAUACCGUCGAGGCUGACGCAGCUGCGAUCGAAAGCGGUGUCCUACCAACACAACGACGACUGGCAGAAAUAACCGAACUCAUCCACACCGCUUCCCUCCUUCACGACGAUGUUAUCGACACCUCAUUAGCACGGCGAGGCAAUCCUUCGGCGAAUGUCGCAUUUGGCAACAAGAUGGCGGUUUUGGCUGGGGACUUCCUGCUCGGGAGAGCAUCAGUAGCGAUGGCACGGCUACGCGACCCGGAAGUGACGGAGCUGCUCGCGACAGUCAUUGCAAAUCUGGUCGAGGGCGAGUUCAUGCAAUUGAAAAACACGGCUCUUGACGAGAAGCACCCAACAUGGAGUGAGGACACAAUAAGCUAUUACCUACAAAAGACAUACCUCAAGUCCGCCAGCUUGAUCAGCAAGUCUUGCCGAGCAGCGGCGUUGUUAGGAGAGCAUCCAAAAGAGGUGGUAGAGGCAGCAUACCAGUACGGAAAGAACCUUGGACUCGCGUUCCAAUUGGUGGAUGAUAUGCUGGACUACACCGUGAGCGGACAGGAGUUGGGAAAGCCGGCUGGUGCUGAUCUAGAGCUUGGUCUGGCUACCGCGCCGUUGCUGUUCGCGUGGAAAGAUAAUCAGGAGCUGGGAACUCUGGUUGGGAGGAAGUUUGCGGAGGAGGGCGACGUCGCAAGGGCUCGCAAAAUAGUGCUUGAAAGCGACGCAAUUGAGCAGACACGAGCUCUGGCACAAGACUAUGUCGAUCGAGCUGCACGCGCGAUUGCAGGCUUCCCCGAAAGCGAGGCGAAGGUUGGGCUCAUGGACAUGUGUACCAAGGUCAUGGCGAGGAGGAAGUGA